GUUCAGAAGAACCUGAAUUUGGAUCAAAUUCGAGUUCAGAAAAAUCUGAAUUUGGACCAACUUCGGAUUCAAAAGAUCUAAUCUGGAUCAAAUUCAGUUCUUUUGAACCUGAAUCAGAACCAACAG